CUAGAGGCUCCCCCUCCACCGCCCCGGAGGGGACCGGCAGUCAACUGCAACGGAACAGCCACCACCUUCCUGCAGCUCAACCAGGAACACCUGACCCAGCCCGGGAUGAAGCUGUUCCCGAACUACACCCCACCGAUUCCACCCCACAACGACUCGUCCCCCGCCGCCAACCAUCACUACCACCAGAUCACCUACCAGCAGCACACCCAAACCCUGGCCCCGCUCCGCCUAAACCAGGACCACUUUAGCAACAAAACCAACACCCUCGGCGGCGCAGCCGCCCCCAACGGCCGUCCCAAGUACCAAACCCAUCACCACCACCACAUCCAAAGCCACCACCCGGCGGCAGAGUUCCAACAUCCCGACUCGGAUCCGGACCAGCACCCGGAAGAGGAGGAAGAGGUGCUCGGGGACGACCACGAGGAGGACAGCGGCAGCGGGGCGAGCGUUCCGACGGUGUCCCCGACGCCGCCCGAACUCCCCAUUCGGAACGGGUUGACCUCGGAAACGGCGGCUUACGCUGUAAAUACACUUAAUCACAUCAACAACAAUACGUUGGGUGGGACCGGGGUGACCGGGACUGUUGGGACUGUGGGUGGCGGCCGGAAGACGAUGCGGCACUACCAUUGAUGUGAUGGCGCGACAGUGAGUAGUGAUUAAGGAUGAUUUUAGUUUUUUGUACAGAAAUAAAGCCUAUUCAACGUGAUUGUGAUUAAAUUUCGAGCAUUUUUUCGUGUAGACAAAGUGGAAUUUGAGGCGUCUUUCCCCCGAAGAAUCCCGUUCAAAUAUUGUUUCAAGCAAUUUAAAUCAAUUAGCUUCCGCGGAACAUAAAGAGACGGCGAAGUUGUUUGAGUUUCCAAUUUGUCCUGGCGAUGUUGGCGCGAGCUGAGGCUGAGGGCUGUUAUUCCCUGUUUCCGGGAAGUGUUUUGAUAUAUUGAUUAAUGCGAUGGAAUUAGCGCGCACAGGACACCGAACCGGAAGGUCGGCGAGGGGAAGGUGGGAUUAGCCCUUCCGGUUUGCUUUGACAUCGGCUGUGUUGAUUUAUGGCAUGGAAGGGUGUGGUGAGGAUUGUUGUGGAUGACAGCUUAGUAUGCCUUUAACUUGUUAAAGUUGUGUCCUUAUUGAGGUUGAAUGCUUCAAUGAAUCUUUUAAGCUUGAUUAUCUAUUAGAUUUUAGAAUUAAAUUCAUGUUAUUUUGAAUAAUUGAACACAACAAAAAAAUGAUCAGGAAAUGGUCAGAAAAUUGAGCCAAAUUUAGUUGAAAACGCAAUUUUGUGCAGCUCACAUUGCCUCACCUUUUGACUUCCACAGAUCUCCAAAA